AUGACUCUCAACGGCGACAAUCCACUUGGCCCCUCGGGUGUAGGUGGCCUGAAUCUACCCCCACUCACCAAUAAUUUCUCCCCACGUUCGAAACUUGUUCAAGAAGGCACCAUGACGGUGGCUGCUAUUACUAACAAUUCUGCGUCAAAUCUUCAGCAUGGGACGCGGAUGCCCGACACUACUGCUACUUCCAACAGCAAACGCAUAGAAGAUGGUGGUUUUGUUCGAAAUCUUAUUCAUGGAAAAGAAGUUGUCGGUGGUUCCACUCUAGAAGAAGUUCGUAAUGGACGAUCAUACGCGGAUAUUGCUACCAAUCGUGCUCCGAGACGUCCAAAUUUGCUUGCCCACCAUUACCAUGCUCUGCGACCCACAAAGGAAGGGGAUCAGUUUUCCUUUAAAAUCCCCAAGGAUUUGCUUCUCAAAGAGAUUGCCCAAUUCUCUCAUGCUUUAACUGGACGACUGCUCCUUAAAAAGGGUGAAAAACCUAAAACUGCCAUGAUGGUUAAGAAAGAACUGGAAGGUUUAUGGGGUAUUGAAGCCUCAUGGAAACUGAUCCCAUUAGGCAAGGGGUAUUACACGAUGGUUUUUAACACUGCGGAAGAUAAGUUGCGCGCUAAAGCUCAGACUAUUUGGGAAGUUUUUGGCGGACAUCUGCGGAUUCGUGAAUGGACAAAAAAUUUCGAUCCUUUUAAAGAGCAUUCUUCGUUGGCGAAUGUUUGGGUGAGGAUACACUAUCUGCCUAUUGAAUACUGGAAUGUCGAAGUUCUCACUAGCAUAGCAAGAUUUGUGGGACAUCCCUUAAGGGUUGAUGGGACUUCAGCUCAGAGAGAUUUCGGCCAAUUUGCUCGAAUCUUUAUCGAAAUAGAUAUGUCUAAACCUCUUCCUAAUACUCUCCUUGUUGAUGGAAAUGAUGUUUCUUUUCAUGUGGAAUUUACAUAUGAAUAUUUACCUCUUUUUUGUUCCAGAUGCAAAAUAACAGGACACGCCCUGGAUAAGUGUCGGAAAGGAAAAUCUUUUGAUGGCGAUAGCUUGCGGAACACUGGAAACCAACCACAGAAAAGCAAGAGAAGCUCACUGAUCUGA